CCGCCAGCCCGGGAAUGUUGCCCCCUGUACCCUAGUCGACAUGCGCCUUGUGGCAACCCUCCUGCUGCUGUGUCUCGCCGUCGUGUGCGGCGACCACAACCUGAGCUGUUACCAGUGUACUCGCAGCAGCAACGUCCAGUGCGGGCCGGAGAGUCUGCUGCCUUGCGCCUCCAACCGGGAUCGCUGUGUCACGCAAAUUACUAAAGACGCGACGUCGGGUUACCAACUGAAGAGGGAGUGCGGCCUCGGUCCUUGCCAGUUCGAGGACGAGAUGAUCAGCCGCGGCCUCGGCAUCUUCAGCAACUGCGACACCUCUAAGGACGAGUUCUUCUGCGUGUCCUGCUGUAAGGCGAGCGGUUGCAACAAGGACUCUGCGGCCUCGGUUCUGCCGUCCUCGGUUGCUCUACUGACAGCCACCGGUGUCCACCUCGCCUUACAAGCUGGCCGCUACUGAGAAAGUUCUGGAACUUGUCAACUCUCAACAGUGUUCUGAAACAGACAUUUUUUUCCUUCGGUAAUACACACAAACAGACCAUUGCACUACUAAUUUAACUUAUUACCAUAAUUUUUUACGUUAUUAUGGUGAUGUAAAAUGUAUCCCUUUACUAAUUAAUAAUGACGCAAGUUCGUGAAACUUGCAUCAUUAAAUUUAAUUUUUGCUCGGUAUAGAAAUCAUAGCAAUCAUUCAUCAAGCGAUGAGUUACCCAAAUGUAGACUGUAAAAUAAUACACAAACUGACUGAUUAAUUUAUUCAUGAAAUACUUUAAUUUUUGAAUCCACAUAUCGUACUGAAUAAAAACAAGUAUCGUAUGGUUUUAAGUAAAUUCAGGCGAACGUGCGAGACAGUAUAACAAUAUAUUAAUACUGCAAUAAUAUUGCUGGACCUGAAACAUCUUUUCGUAUAGAUCUAGGUAUAUCUUAACCACGGCCUGUUAUAAGGGUCCACAGUUAUAUUUUUUUACCCUGCCAUAUUUUAAUAGAUUUUAUACAUAAAGUAGAUCACUAUGUGUUGAAAGGCUUAUUUAUUAGCUUCCAUCUCCAUCCAAAGACUUCGAUUUGUACAACGUGGGUAGCAAGGUAGAAGGAUAUAUUUAUAAAAAUGAGUUUAUAUUUUUAUUUUUUUUAUUUUUAUUUAAAUGACUUCGAAAACCUAGAUUAAAAUUUAAAAUGUGUAUUUUAAAGUGGGAAUAUGUAAGUUCCUUAUUUAAAAAUCCUGUUAUAUUCUACGUUGAUGGUAAAGCUUUAAGAAAAUAAUAUUAUUUACGUCUAUGGUUUCGAAAAAACAGUAGGCACCAUGAUAUUUUUACUAUUUUUAAAAUUACCAUUGUAAUUAAUUAAACAUGCGUCAAUUGGUUCGGAAAUUUGAAUUGUUCCUUUACGAUAUUGUUGGUCAUACUAUAACAUAUAUUGGAUGUUUUGAAUUUUGGUAUUGUAAUAAAGAAUAAAGCUCAAUUUCUAAUU